AAUAGUGACGUAAAUUUCUUCACGGAGUGGCCGUAGGAUAACAGUGCAAUUGUUGCUGUAGAUUUAUAGCUUGUUUCCAAUUAGUUAUAAAUCAAUUGUGAAGAAAAUGGUAGAGCAACAGAAGCAGCGCAUAGAGCUGGAAUUAUCCCGGCGUGUGGACGAGAUCGACCGCACAAUUUUACGCAAAAUGCAGGCAGAAAUGCAUGAAUGCGCGGCGAAAUGUUGUCGGGAUACAGGAGCUAGCAUGGAUAGCGUACAUAGAUGUGUAGAAAACUGUUCUGUUCCUGUACAACGAGCCCAGCAGCAUGUUGAAACAGAGCUGGGAAAUUUCAAUAACAGACUGCAGCGCUGCGUGAUGGAUUGUAAUGAUAGCAUUAAGGAUAAAAUGGGACCCAACCCAACGGACGACGAUAUUUCCAAGUACACCGGAAUGUUUGAACGUUGCGCUAUCAAAUGCGUUGAUAAACACGUCGAUCUGUUGCCGGGUUUAUUCAAAUCAAUGCACCAGGUGUUAGGAAACAAACGAUUUUAGUUACCUCUAAGAAAAAAAAAUACUUCAGUACUAUAGACUAGUAUAAUCAUUGUCAUUAUUGUUUUAGAUGUUCCCUGGUUGAGACAAUUUUACGUGAAACAUCAUCAAUAUAGCACAAAAAUCACUAAAUAUAUUUUCACUUUCAACUUGA